CCAUGCAAGGCGGCACAAUUGCCAACAACUUGCGCUGCUAAUCGAGUGUCGACAAUUAGAACGUGUUGUCGACCGAAGCUAGCGUCCGAUUUGUGGAAGCGAGUCGGUACGGAAGGCGUCGGGAAAAGUGAAAAUAGCCGCGACGAAGAGCAUCAGGCGAACGCGGGUCGACGCUUUCCCUACACUGUGACCGACUCGCGCCGUUAGGUUGGCAGCCAGUUUUAUAGGUUUUGAGCAACAACUCGUUUGCAGUUUGGCUGCCGUGACACAUCUCGAUUUUAGCAUGCAUCUGUAGGUUGUCGGAGUGCGUUUUCGGCCAGACAAGGCUCGGCAUGAACGUAAGAUAGUGGUCGGGGUGGCGCAGCAGCCGAAGUCGGACAGAAAGCACGGCGGAAAGUCAGUGACUCGGUCGGUGGGUGGCUGCGUGCCGAGGAGCAGCGCCAUUGUUUCGUUUGGCCGCUCGUCGGCGUGACCGGGAGCCGAGCUGCCUGUCCGAGCAAGCGGGGCUGGCCGGACGCACGGAAGAACAGUCGUCUUAUGAAGUGGGCUAGUAAGUGCUGCGAGUUUUUUAUGGGUGUUUGCUACUCGUGCCGUAAAGCAUCACUGAGCAGCAGCAGCAACAACAAUCACAGUGACCGUCUCGAGGUGGACUUGGACAAAGUCGAGUACAUCAACACCGUCUCGUCGGUGACACCUUUAAAUGCUGCCAUCUGCGUCAACCAGUUCUCAUCCUGCUCGGAGGAGGAUAACAUCGCAGACAUUUACCGCUGCAAGGAGAUUUCCACCGAGGCGGUCUCCUCAAUAGAGUCAGCAGCCUCGAGCACCAGCGUCCAGCAGCAGGUGCAUACUGGUGUCCACGACCACCACAGCAACUACUAUCACAGCCUCGGUGGCUACACCAAAAUGGCAAACCCCAUCAAGCAGAUGGUCAGCAAGAAGCGGAAGCGCUACACCCAGGACGGCUUUAAUCUCGACCUUACUUACAUAAGAAACAACAUCAUUGCCAUGGGUUAUCCAGCUGAGAAGAUCGAGGGCAUGUACCGCAACAACAUAGCGGACGUUUGCAGGUUUUUGGAGAAAAAACACCCGGACCACUAUAAAAUCUACAAUCUUUGUUCUGAGAGGUCAUACGACCCAAGCAAAUUCCAACACAGGGUAGCCCACUAUCCUUUCAACGACCACAAUCCGCCUCAGAUCGACUUGAUCGGGCCGUUUUGCAACGAUGUGCACGAAUGGAUUUGCAAAGACCCAGAUAACGUGGCCGUGGUCCACUGCAAGGCUGGAAAGGGUCGCACUGGGGUCAUGAUCUGCUGCUACCUUCUGCACAGCAAACAGUUCAUGACGGCCGACGACGCUCUCAACUUCUAUGGACAGAGUAGGACCCAUGACAAAAAGGGUGUAACAAUUCCAAGCCAGCGUAGAUUUGUGGAUUAUUAUGCGCAGAUUGUCCAUCUCAGGCUCAAAUAUCAGCCUGUCACCCUUUUCCUCGACAAAAUCAUCAUGGAACCCCUCCCCCAUCUCCAUGGAAUGCAAGGAAACUUGCAAUUUGUGAUCUCAGAUUCUCAUAAAAAAUUGUACACAUCGCCGUUGUAUGAAAUCAAGAAAAACCUGCCUCCGCAAACCUUGGCACUGAGCGCGAGAGUGGCCAUCACUGGUGAUAUUAAAGUGGAGUUCUUCAUGAAGAAUGCUCUCCGCAGGAAGGAGAAACUCUUUCAUUUUUGGUUCAAUACAUUUUUCGUCAACGAAGAGGCCAAGUAUGAAAGCAACGAGAAUGGAAAUGAAGCUGAUGUAGGGCCUGAUAUGACGCCACAUCAGAGGACCAGCCGUGCCAUGAGCUAUGAUGAACAAUCCAAAUUUCCUCAUACCAAGUUCCUACCACAAACAAGUUCGCUUGCGUCACUAAGAACCGACGGCAUCAACGAACUGACGCUCACCAUAGACAAGUGGCAUUUGGAUGACGCUCACAAGGACAAGCAGAACAAGAUUUUUGAGCAGGACUUCAAAGUUCGCCUGUGCAUGUUGCGAUUACCUAAUUUGGAAUCGUCCGUGGACCGAAUUUCUUUGAGUAACAACGCGUCAAGAUUGCAAACCGGAGCGGGCAUUGCGUCUCAAGCGCAAGCGGGAGUGGUUGUGGUGGAGAGCCAGAACACGCCGAACGGCUCUUCCGAGGGUGACGAUCGCUCCAGUUCGGACAGCAGCGAAGACGAAGAGCCUGACGAGGAUGAGAGUUGGGAGUCUGUGAAUCAUGCACGUGUGGUGAGGUAUCGGCUUCUCUCUGAGGCAGAGUAUCAAGCGGGUGAGCAGGUGGCGUGAUGAAUCAUAUCCCGAGCAACUAGCAAUCGAAGACAAAGCUGAUAUUCAAAUCGAUCAAUUACUGCUGAGACCGGGGCGGCAGCCCUGGUGCGAGCGCUGCGCGAACACGAUUUUAUUUUUCCUCGAGAUAAGUUGAUUUAGAGAACACCAACCAAAGCAGCAGUAAACUGAUUCUCUUAGUCUGAGCGAGCCUAGUGCAUAUUUCAUGCUAUUUGUAAGACGCAACACUGACGAGGUAGUUGUUUCACCGCAGUUUGUUUGCAGAUCGGUGUGAAAUUGCACGGAAUCGACCGGCCUGGCGGAAUUCGGUAGACUUUGUUUUGUUUUCAACAGGUCGCACUACUUCCAAAAUAUUAGCUGCAAAUUCCUUUUGCCGAAUGAUGAUGUUUAGUUCCGUUCUUAGUGCAUCCAUCUUAAUUAGUCAGAAAUGCAUAUUUUUCUCGCAUUAUUAAUUAUACCCAUAGAUGUAGCAGUCGAAAAAAGAGCGCGCUUUGAUUUAGACGAGAAUGAUACUUGAAUAUGUGGAUGGAGGACUGUUAAAACCAUACAUGUACAAAUUAACAUUUUGCUAUUCAGUGAUCACAUUGAGUCCAUUUUUCGAACAAAAGAUGCGAAAUAGUUUCGAGACGUAACCUAUCGAGGCAAAAAUGUCGGGAAAUUUGAUUUCUAAUCGGAACAAAAGAAAAUUGUGAAAACAAUUAACAAUAACUAAUAAUAAUGAUUCUUUGUAUGAGAUAGUUGCAUAUACAUGCAUUAUUUUUAACGGAUUCAUAGAUAUUUACUAUUAAAUUACUCUGUCAAAGUGACAAGUACAAGGUUUCUAAAAUAGAACUGAAUUUUCUCACACUUAAGGAACCAAAUUAAUUUAUAAAAUAUGUCAACUUAAUAUUUGAUAGCAGAAUUAUAUUCAAUUGUUGAUGUGACUCUGGUUCGGCACAAAUCAAGAAAGAAAUUCCCUCACUGCAACUCAACUAACUGCUGUCUUACUACUUGAUAUUUCGUCAAAAUCCCACGUAUAAGAAAAUACGGCUUCGUGACGGGCGCUUCUCAAUUGUAUAACAAGAUGUCUUUCUCCCUUGCUGCGACGUCCUCACGAAUUUAAACGACCGAUAUACUAUAACAAUUAUUUACACACGGUUCUCUAUUUAAUUUGUUUUGUGCCAACUUGUGCCAAUCACACCUAUCUUCACGAAAUAAUUUAUUGAAUGUAGCAAGAGGAAAAUACUGCAUUUUCAAGUUAUCUGCAGAUCUCGAGAAAUAAUUGUCGGAAUUUCUACUUAGCUGCUGAAACACACUUUGUUGUUGGAGGUGUUCGUUGGGAAAAAUGAGAAAUGAUGAUGACAGUGGAGAAGGAAAAAGCAUGUUCUGUCUCUCUGUGUACCAAAAUUGGCAUAGAAAGUUGCUGCAAAACGACAACUAAUCAAAUAAACAAACGAACAACAACAA